AUGGCGAACAGGGAUGCUAGUGAGAGCACCCCGCUUUUGGACUCGCCGAGCAGACCUGCACCUCCUUCUGUCUUCCAGGGAAGGAGACUAGCCUGCGCUGCCAUCCUGCUGGCUGAAUCUCUAGAGAGGAUUGCAUUUUAUGGCAUCACAUCCAAUCUGGUUCUGUUUCUCAAUAGUAGCCCUUUCUAUUGGGAAGGUGUGGGCACUGUGAAGUCCAAUAUCACUCCAUUUGGGGCAGAUCAGGUCAAAGACAGAGGACCCGAGGCCACACGCCGAUUCUUUAACUGGUUCUACUGGUGCAUCAACCUCGGAGCCAUCGUGUCUCUGGGCGGCGUGGCGUACAUUCAGCAGAACUUCAGCUUUGAGCUGGGCUACAUCAUCCCCACUGUGUGCCUCGGGGUGUCCUUCCUGGUCUUCCUCCUGGGUCGUACUGUGUUCAUCAUGAAGCCCGCCGACGGCAGUGCCUUUUCAGAUAUGUUCAAGAUCAUGGGCUUUGCCUGCUGCUCACAGAAGCCGACGGAGCCCAGCCUGCUUCGCAACAAACCAGCACUACUUGAUAGUGCAAAAGUCACCUACGGAGGCAAAUUUCCAGAAGAAAAAGUAGAGGAAGUAAAAGCACUGGUGAAAGUCCUUCCAGUUUUCUUUGCCCUUAUUCCUUACUGGACCGUGUACUUCCAGAUGCAGACAACAUACAUCCUGCAGGGCCUCCAUCUGAGGAUUCCUGAUACAGCCUCGAACAGCUCCGCCGACUCCCAUCAGAUGACAUUUCGCUUCCCAGCUGCAUGGCUCACCAUGUUUGACGCAGUGCUCAUUCUGAUGCUGAUUCCCCUGAAAGACAAAGUGGUGGACCCCAUCCUGAAGCGCCGCGGCCUGCUGCCUUCCUCUCUGAAGAGGAUUGCAGUGGGGAUGUUCUUUGUCAUGUGGUCAGCCGUGGCAGCGGGUAUCUUGGAAACUAAACGCCUGGAGAUCGUAAAAUCAAAUGGCACCAUUGACCAGGUGCUUGGCAAUGUUAUCUACUACGCAGCAGAUUUGCCCAUAUGGUGGCAGGUGCCCCAGUAUGUGCUGAUAGGAAUCAGCGAAAUCUUUGCCAGCAUUGCAGGUUUGGAGUUUGCCUAUUCUGCAGCCCCCAAGUCCAUGCAGAGUGCCAUCAUGGGGCUCUUCUUUUUCUUCUCUGGGAUUGGCUCCUUCGUUGGUUCUGGCCUUUUGGCUAUUGUCUCCCUCAAAGAGAUUGGCUGGAUGUCAUCCCACAAAGACUUUGGUAAUAUUAAUGACUGCUCCCUGCAUUACUACUUCUUCCUCCUGGCGGGCAUCCAGGGCGUCACCUUGUUGGUGUUCCUCAUCGUCUCUGUUAAGUAUGACAAGCAGAGGAGCAGAGCAGGAAGUCAGCGGCAGAGACACACCUCCUCGUGACCUCAGCCCACAUCCUAUUAAACCCCAGCACACCUGCCUUCUCCGGUCCCAUCGCUCUGAGCCCAGAGAUCCUGUGGACUAGGUACUUACAAAUCGGCCUGCAGCAGUGUGGGUCAGCUGUGUUUAUCCUUUCUUGACUAUACUAUUAUUUAUGGAUUUUUUUUAGCUUUUAAAUGAAGAUUGUUUCUCUUUCUCUAUAUGAUAAUGGUUGUGUUUUCUCUUUCUGUUACUGCUGUUGCCUUUUGUUGUCAUCAUUUGCACUUAACUUUAUCUAUGGUGCCAUAAAAUGUGAUAGACUGGUAUUUUGUAAAGCCUUGAAAGCUCACUUGUUUUUAUAGUUUGAAUUGAUUCUUUUGAACAGACUUGUUGCAUCUUAAAUGCAACCCUUUUACUUUGAACUCACUCCUUUGAGAAUAAUCUUUUCUGAUGUCAGCAUAAUUCUUUCAUACUGUUUAAAUCAAUUCUAGACUUAUACCUGUGACUUGGGUAUUAAAGGUACAGCUGCAUUAAAUGUCUGCCUUAUUUCAUUAACCCUAUAGUGUGCCUGGAGAACUACACCUUUUGAACAUUUUGUAUUAGAUAAUGAUUUCGUCUAUGUUUCAGAUUUCUUUGAAGUAUUUACGUUAAAGUUAAAGGUGUAUGCUUCUGUUUGAGGAAAUUCCAAAUGCACACACUUAGAUUAAAUAAAUCCUGUAAUCAAAUCUAAUAUUGAGAGAAGAAAAUCCCCCUACAAUUGCUUUCCACUGCCUGUGAUUACAGUGCACUCUGGCAAGCCCCACAAAUCCAUCCUCUAAGUCAAUUUCAAAUCCAUAGACAGCAUUACACACAAAUAACAUGAACAUGAACUUAUCAUGUUGAAAGUAUUACUUAUAACACCUAAAGAGCUUUGCAGCUUUUUUAACAUUUCUGGUCAACUGCAAAAAUUGCCUGGCAUGAUGAUGAACCAAUAAUGAGAAACUAACCAUUGAUGCAGCUUUACUGGCACCCAGGAGCACAGCCGUCACACGCUGUUGGCAUAGCUGCUUGGAUUACGAUGAAAAAAAUCAUCAUCAAAUCGGCAUCAGUAUCAUCUCCAUAUUUAGAAUUUGUAGCAAAACAAAUUGCAAUUCUCUCAGUAUUUGCUGAGUGUCAUCAUGGCUUUGCAGCUUUGCCAGACACCAAAAAACAACAGUUUUUUGUAUUUAUAAGACUAUGAUGCAUUUGUUUUAACUUUAUACUGCAGGAGAACUGUGUGUGUGUGCGCGCACGUGGUUCUCAAAAUCUCAAAUGAAGUGGAGCACAUUGUACGAAACAUGACUGCAGAAACAAAAAAACUCAGGGUUUUAGGAAUGAUGUCGCACAGUCAAUAGACAGAAACUCUGAAGGAAACUGAGAUCUGGUGUCGAAAAUGAAGGUAAAAAUAACAGCAUAUAAAAAGUCACCGACUGUAUAAAAUGUGUGUUACACAGAUAUUUUAGUUAAGGUUCAUCUGAGUGACCAAUGCUAAUGUCUGUCUCUUGUUUUAUUUUGCUCUUUGUCUUUUAAAUCAUUUAAAAGAUUUAUUACAUUUAUUGAUGAUGAUGCAAUGGUGUUUUCCAGAAAAGGAGAGAACUGGAUUAUUGUUUUGUGUUGGCAUUUGUGACUAUUAAAGUGUAUUUCA